AAAUAAAUGAGAAUUAGACAUGACAAUUUUUGGUCACAGUUUUUAAGUUUAGUGCAGAAAAGGUACCCCAAUAUUUUGCAAGAUUUGCUGUAUACACACUAAGCUAGAGUGAGGGUAAUCUUUAAUAGAGAAGGCCAAUGAAUUAACUGAAUUGAUUUGUCAUUGACUAGACGAAGCUGGAUCAAUUGACCUGCUUGGUUUGCCGUAGGCUUGCAAUGGUAUCCUAGCAACCCAAACAAAGAACGGGUACGGUGUUUAAAGCAAUGUCGGACAUUUUUACAUUUAUUUUAACAUUCAAACUAACUUUUGUAGCUACUGCUGAGCUACUUGUUGCUUAACGUUAGUGUUUGGUUGACUUACGUGUCAAAGUAGGCUAUCUUACUUUAUUAGCUGUAGAGUACCCUACCGGUGCUUCUGUAGCACGCUGGUGAAGAUGGACCAAACCUCAUGUCUUCCUCGUAUUUAUGUGGAAAGAACUCUGGCCCUUAUUAAACCAGAUGCCAUCCACAAAGCGGAGGAGAUAGAGGAUAUUAUUCUCAGAUCCGGCUUCAUUAUCCUGCAGAAGCGGAUGCUACAGCUAAGUCCAGAGCAAUGCAGUGACUUCUACGCAGACCAGUAUGGAAAGCUCUUCUUUCCCAGCUUGACUGCCUUCAUGAGCUCCGGCCCCACCAUUGCCAUGACUCUGGCCCGCGACAAUGCUAUUACCCACUGGAAGUCCAUCAUAGGGCCUGUCAACAGCAUCAAGGCCAGGGAAACUCAUCCGGAGUGCCUUAGAGCAAAAUAUGGCAGUUCCGACCUGAAAAACGCACUCCAUGGCAGUGAGUCAUUUCAUGCGGCUGAAAGGGAGAUCAAAUUCAUGUUCCCAAACUCUAUAAUCGAGCCCUUUCCCUCAAGAGAAGCAACCGAAGAAUACCUGAGCAGGUAUGUAAACCCAACUCUGCUACACGGACUCACUGAGCUCUGCAAGCACAAGCCACACAACCCCUGUAUUUGGCUGGCUGACUGGCUGAUCACAAAUAAUCCAAACAUGCCUAAAAUAUGUGAGGGAGCCAUUGUGGAAGAAGCGUAAUGAAUGCAUUAUUUAAGUUUUUUAUAUGUUCAGUAGUAUGAUUAAAUACAUGUCUUUUCAGCACUAAUCAUCUGAUGUGUUUGCGUUUUGUUAAAGCUAUAAUCCAUUUGUUCUUUUUAAACACUUCUUUAAACAAUGUGACUUGAUUCAAAACCGGAAUUAAAAUGCAGCGUGUCAACAGGUUAA